AUGGCUGAGCUCCUCGCUAUCACCAAGACCACCCGUGCUGCAUCCAUCGCAGGGGACUUGUUCACCGCUAAAAAGAACAAUGCACUUCAGGAUGCAACCAAGUCCCUUGCCAUACAGACAUUGUUGGCUGGCUAUAUCGCCAAAGGUAUCGCCCUCUGUGGACAGCAGCUUCUCGACGAUGUGAGGACGACCUUUGAUCUGGCGUUCACGUUCAUACAAGGAAAUAUGGAUGCUAUUGCGUUCCUCUACUUGAUCAAGGCAAAUUAA